CACCAGCGCACGUCUCUGUGACGUAGAACGCAGUUGAGGUGAAACCCCACCUUCGCCCAGGGUGGUGACGUAUUGGGGGAGGGGCGGCGGUGACGGAAGGGGGCGGCCACCGCCCGAGGCGCGCGCUGAUUGGACGGCAACCUGUCGCCGAAGGAGGGAAAAGGUCAACCGAGUUGAUACUUCAAUUUUUUUGCCGCCUGGUUCACGCUGUAACAAUUAAAGAGAUUGUGACUCGCCAGCUAGGAACAUUUGAAUGAUGAGAAGAGACUUUGGACUGGUAUGAAAGAGGAAUGAGUAGAGGACAAUCACAAAUGCUGUCAAGCAUUGAUGCCUCUGCUCAAAACUACAGAGAGAAGAGUUCCAAGUGAAUGCUUUAAACAUUCAAACAUCUGUAUCCUACAUAGCAAGGCCAGGAAUUCCAGCUCUCCGUGAGGGCGGGCGAGCGGGCGGCCGACACGCAUGAGCGUGAAAUAGCGGGCGAUGAUGUCAGCAGGUUCGAAGGCCUCAAGAUGACAGGAAAUAUAGUGGAUUUCACUAAAUUUAACCUUGAUGCGCCACGUUGGGAUCAGACAACAUUUGUGGGCCGGCUAGAGCAGUUCUUCAACAUCACUGAUCCACGUACAGUGAUAGUGUCAAAUGCAAACCUCGAUAAAGCAAAGCACCUGGUUGACAGCUGCAGAGCCGGCACCGUGCCCCCAGGGACGACAGAGGAGCAGUUGCACUAUGCGAAGAAACUGUAUGACUCUGCAUUCCAUCCCGACAGUGGAGAAAGGAUGAAUUUAAUUGGGCGGAUGUCAUUUCAAGUCCCCGGUGGUAUGGCUAUCACCGGUUUCAUGCUGCAGUUUUACAGAACAGUUCCAGCUGUGGUAUUUUGGCAGUGGGUGAACCAGUCAUUCAAUGCCUUGGUCAACUACACCAAUAGGAAUGCAGCAUCGCCAAUAAGCACAAAACAAAUAGGAAUAGCAUACUUGACGGCCACUAGCACUGCUCUAGCAACUGCAGUUGGAUUGAAUCUAUACACAAAGAAAGCUCCACCUUUAUUAGCCCGCUGGGUCCCUUUUGUUGCCGUGGCAGCCGCUAACUGUGUAAACAUUCCGAUGAUGAGACAACAGGAAAUACUAGGUGGAAUCACCGUGACAGAUGAAAAUGAAAAUAAACUUGGAAAAUCCAGGACUGCUGCCAUAAAGGGUAUUACACAAGUGGUGAUCUCUAGAGUUACCAUGGCUGCUCCAGGAAUGAUUAUUCUCCCCAUCAUGAUGGAACAUCUAGAGAAAUAUCCAUUCAUGCAAAGGGUUAAGUUUCUCCACGCGCCGAUGCAAGUGAUGCUGGUUGGAUGCUUCUUGAUCUUUAUGGUGCCUACUGCAUGUUCCCUUUUCCCUCAGAGGUGGGAAUUGCCUGGUGGUAGCAGUUAUCUGUCAAUCAGCUGAAGGUAGUUGCAGUGAGACGUGGACAGAAACAGUGGCUACACUUCAAAUGUAUUUCAUUAACUUUCAAGCGCUUUUGGACAUCUGGAUUUGGGACCCGGAGCUGCAUAAACGAAGACUGGCUUUACUUGCUCUACAAAUAGGUUGGACAAGAUUUCUGAUUGUUCCCCUUGGAGGACAAGACUCGCCCAGCAGUUUAUCUGGAAUGUCUAAUUUGAACCUGCCUGCUGUUAUGUAUCUGAUCAGUUUGAAAUGUGCAUUUCCAAUGAUGCUACUGUUACAGGGGAUCAAUUUAAUGGAGAAUUUAACAGUCCAUCUACUCUGGUGACUAUUGAAGAUUGGAGAGGUGUUACGGGAAUUGUGGGAACCUCUUGCAAAUACAAAAGGAAAUUGACAAAUUGCAUUUAAAUUAAACGUUUAUUUACAAGAAAACAAGCUUGUGGAGUUAGUGUAUGGUACAUUCUUACUGUCACUGUAGCCAUCCAGUAUUCAACCAGUCUUUUAAUUCAGUAAUUUCAAGCUUCUUUUAAGCGUGAAUUUUAAAACUGUGGCAAAAUGCGAAUACUUGUUGAAAUAAAUGUGCGUCCUUGGGCUUUAACUAAUGAUAAUGAUGCACUGUCCAGGCCAUGUUAUGUCAAAGGCAAAAUACUGCGGAUGCUGGAAAUCUCAGAAACAAAAACCAAAAAUGCUGGAAAAACCUCACCAGGUCCGACAGCAUCUGUGGUGAGAAAGAA